AUGAUAGAAUUUGUUUUAUUUUUAGGGUUAUGUUUUGUUUUAGGGGGGUUGGGGGUAGCGUCCAAUCCUUCUCCUUAUUAUGGGGUGAUAGGGUUGGUUGUAGCGGCUGUUGCUGGAUGCGGUUGGUUGGUAAGUUUGGGGGUUUCUUUUGUUUCUUUGGUGCUGGUGAUGGUUUACUUAGGGGGAAUGUUGGUGGUAUUUGUCUAUUCGGUCUCAUUGGCAGCGGAUCCUUAUCCUGAGUCUUGGGCAGAUUGAGGGGUUGUUGGGUAUGGUUUUGGUAUGGGUCUGGUUGUUGUGGUUGGGCUGGUUGUUGGAGGUGUGUCUGGGGUGUUGGUGGAUGAGGGGACGGUGAAUAGUGGGGGGUUGUUAUCUGUUCGGUCGGAUUUUAGUGGGGUGGCUGUUCUUUAUUCAGAGGGGGCGGGGUUGCUUUUAAUUGGGGGUUGAGGGUUAUUGUUGACUUUGUUUGUGGUAUUAGAGCUUGUGCGGGGGUUAUCUCGGGGGGCUAUUCGGGCUGUUUAG